UAUAAAUAGAGCCAGUACGUGUGCAUGAAAACAACAGAAAGAAAGAUGCCUCAAGUUAGAGAGGCCAUUGAUGAUCACAAUGAACAGAAAGAAAAAGCUGAGGACGCGGAUGAUGCGACUAAGAAGGCUACAUCUGAGACUUUGCCAUUUCACAAACUACUGAGUGAAGCAGAUGCACUUGACUGGACACUCAUGGCUUUGGGGACAUUGGGUUCCAUUGUGCAUGGACUUGCCCAGCCUGUUGGCUAUUAUCUGCUUGGCAAAGCCCUUGAUGCAUUUGGAAACAAUAUUGAUGACACUGCAGCUAUGGUUAGAGCACUCAAAAAGGUAUAACUAACUUUGCUGGCAUAUCUUGAUUGAAAUUGAAGAAAAAAGAAUAUUUCAAGUUAAAAGUUGAAACAAAUGUAUUUGGAAGUGUAAUACAUAUUCACUAGGAGAAGGGUCUUAGUCAGCUGUUUUGCUUAACACGUAAUUUCAGGUCGUCCCUUAUGUCUGGUAUAUGGCCUUUGCAACAUUUCCUGCUGGAGUACUGGGUAACCACAUCCUUCCUACACCAUCAUACUAAAGUUUCGAUUAGCAAGACUCAAAAUAUUACUCUUUCACACUGAUUUGAAAAUGAAACUCAACUCCAUAAUUUAGAACUUAAAAAGUGCUAAUGUGGCAGAGAUAGGCUGCUGGAUGUACGCUAGUCAAAGACAAGUAGCACGUUUGAGACUGAAAUUCCUAAGUGCAGUGCUAAGACAGGAUAUUGGGGCAUUUGAUACAGAGUUAACUACUGG